AUGCCCUGGCUCCGGAACAUCCAGAACACCUGGCUUGGACACCUGGGCGGGGGGUCUGUUUCGAGUGAUCCUCAGUCUUCUACUGCUCCACAUGUCACCCAGCCCCCGUCCUAUACUUCGCUAUCUCCAUUCACAACACCACGAACAUCAGGCUUAAACCACUCAACCGGCCCCCCAUCUGACACUGGUCAGUCCGAGAGAUCAGAUGCUUCCAACGACAUCACUCCGGACCUGGGACGUGAAAUCAAAAGACUUGCAAAGGCCUACGCGCCGGACAAAGAUGUCGCAAAGAUCGAUGGCAAGGGUGAUACCAAGCAGAAGUAUUGGCCUGGAGAAAAAGAACCUGCUCCGCAUGAAGACUUCAAAAGUAAAGCGCUUGUAGAAGAGCCAUCUGUUAUUCCGACAAAGACUGAGAGCCCACCCUCACCAAGCGAGAAGUCAAUCCGUCGACAGCGGCGAUGUGUAAUUUGUGUUGUUCUCAUCAUCGGCGUGAUGAUAGCGUUGUUGGCAGGAAUAAUCACCACCGCUGUGCUACUGACAAGACCCGAUGGACCUGCAGUCUCGAACUCCACCUCGACCACAAUCACGACCACCGUGACUUCAGUUACUGACUCGACACAAGUGUAUACCUCCACGUUGACCUCAACCACGAUUCUCUCGACGACAGACACACUGUCAACCAUGGUGACCGAAACAGACACAACCUUAACGACAUCCGUGAUACUCGCAACGCACACGGCCUCCUCGGCUCAGCCAUCAUCGACCAGCUCAGCCUUUUACCUCGGCGGCUUUGAUGCGGUCGUUGCUUCGGGCCAGACCAACAUGUUCUACACCGAUCAAAGUAGGUCUGUGCAACAUAUCUACGACGGCGGUGAUGGUUGGGAAAGAUCCACUCCUACGGCGAUCGCGAGCAACGUAAAGCCAGGAAGCCCCAUUACCGCCUCGCUCGUGACUGCUUCCGCUGGUGACUAUUCGGAGAUAUACGUCUUCUAUAUUGACACGGAUAACAAGAUCCGAGCAGUGGUUUCCAGCAGCUCAUGGAGCGAUUACACGCUUAGUUCCUUGGAGCUUAAGGUCGCCGAUUCGAUGUUCAUUAGAAGUUGCGUCCCAGACAGCGAUGAGUACAGCUACCACGACGACGCAGAUCUGUAUCUAUACUUCGCAUCCCAACCAGCGGGUAGGAUCAGGAAAUACGGGUACUCGCGCUUGUCAGCCACGUGGAAGGAACUCUUCGACUUGCCGCCGGUCACUAGCUUGGGCCGUGAGGUCGAGUGUCAGUUCAUGGGCGGCUAUGAGGCCCUCUGGAUGGCCGACACCCAGAGUGGGCUGCUGCAACAGUGGUGGAGGUCAAAAGCAGCUGGACAGGACUGGACAUUAGGAGUCCAAGGCGCGGAUCCACUGCACCCACACACGUCGCUACUAUCCCUCUCUGCAGCAGAAAACAACCGCACACACAUAAUAUUCCAAUCUGCUUUGCUGGACAUCCGCCGGUACGACAUCAGCGGGCUCGGCACCUUCGCCGCCAUCGACGGCAGCGGCGUCAUCCAUACCGGCACCAGCACUCCAGGCACGCGACUCACCACGUGGGCGAAUUCCAGGUACUGCGGCGAACAAGUGGCUGUGUACUACCAAGUGAGCGACACCUCGGAACUACAUUACCAGACCUUCCAGGAUAGCUGCUAUUUAACGGGCUACUAUGAUGAGGAGUUGACUUGCUAUGUCACCGAGGGAGACUCCAAGCGCGAUAGAGUCAUGCCGCUGGUCACGACAUACGGUAAGAUUGUUCACCAUCAUAAGAAGUAUACUGGUUGGGCGGGGUUUGGGUUAUUUGUUGCGGCGUGCGCCGCGCUGGGUGUCUUGAUUUGUCUGUGUGCAAUUUGUGCAUCGUAG